AUGGGCGGCCGCGGCGCCCCUCUAUGCGGGGCGCAGCCCGGGGUGGCCGAGGGUGGCCCGGCCUGCCAGCCGCUGCAGCUGCAAGAGGUGUCCGCCCUCAAGAGACUGCCGGCGGGACCGGACCAGAACCCAUGUGGCGGCCGCCCUGCGCCGGAGGGGGCGGGGGCCAGCGCCGAGCAGGGACACCCAGCCAGCGGAGGCGGCUGGUGCCGUCACUGCCACACAAAGCUUGCAGAGCUCAAACGACAGGCGUGGAAGCUGGUCACUGGGCCUGGGACACCCCUCCGGGACCCUCGCCUGUCUGCUCUGCUUCUGGAGAGGCUCCCUGCGCCUGGGACCCUGCCGGCGUGCUGUCCCGAGGCCGAGCGCCACUGUGAAGUCUGUGCUGCGCACCUGAACCAGCUCCCGUGGGAUGCGCUGCAGCUGCUGCAGGCCCCUGCCCGCCGGGAGGACCCUGACACGCUCCGAGGGGGCCCUAGCGGCAGGACCAGCCCAAGGGAUGCGAUGGGGCCGGCAGGCCCAGCAGGGAGGCCGCCGGGCCGGGCUGGGCCAGACAGGAGGAAGGGGCCGGGCUGGCCCCCAGGGCCCAGUGUGCAGGUGUCCGUGUCCCCGGCUGGCCCUGGUGGGGCGCUGAGCACCGUAACCAUCCAGGCUCAGCAGUGCCUGGAGGGCAUGUGGAGUGUCUCUGGUGUCAACAGUGCCCUCCCGCCGACGUGCCUGGCCGAGGCAGCGGUGGCCGCGGUGGCGGUGGCAGAGACGGUCAGAGAUGCGCCCCCUGCUGGAGGCCCCGAUGGCGUGUCCCAGGCGUGGGGCCUCGGCGGGGCCUGUCCCACGGCCCUGGUCACCCCGCUGCCCGCAGUGGCGGGCUCCACAGGACCCUCGGCUGCCGUGUCCUUCUUUGUCAGGGCUGCCCAGAAACUCAGCCUGGCCUCCAGGCGCAAGAAGCCUCCGCCCCCUCCGCCGGCCCCCGUGGCCCGCGGGGCCUCCACCUUCCCCACGGACUUCAGCGGCAUCCUGCAGCUGUGGCCACCCCCUGCCCCUCCCUGCCUGCUCAAGGCUGCCAAGGCCAAGGACACCUCUGGUGGCGUCGGAAAGGUGAAAGUCAUGUUGCGGAUCUGGCCCUCGCAGGGCACCCAGCGCUCGGCUGAGUCCAUGUCCUUCCUGAAGGUAGACCCGAGGAAGAAGCAGGUGACCCUUUACGACCCGGCCGCUGGGCCCCCGGGCAGUGCCGGCCCCCGGCGCGCAGCCAGCGCUGCGGUACCCAAGAUGUUCGCCUUUGACGCUGUCUUCCCCCCGGACUCAGAGCAGGCGGAAGUCUGCUCGGGGACCGUGGCUGAGGUGCUGCAGGCUGUAGUCAGUGGGGCCGACGGCUGCGUUUUCUCCUUCGGCCACACGAGCCUUGGCAAGUCCUACACCAUGAUCGGCAAGGACAGCUCCCCGCAGAGUCUGGGCGUCAUGCCCUGCGCCAUCUCCUGGCUCUUCAGACUCAUCCACGAGCACAAGGCGCGCACGGGCACCCGCUUCUCAGUGCGUGUGUCUGCGCUGGAGGUGUGCGGCCGCGACCAGACCCUGCGUGACCUGCUGGCCGGCCUGGCUUCCGGCAGCCUCCAGGACACACAGUCCCCAGGCGUGUACCUUCGGGAGGACCCUGUCUUUGGGGCGCAGCUCCAGAACCAGAGCGAGCUGCGGGCGCCCACGGCCGAGAGGGCAGCCUUCUACCUGGACGCGGCCCUGGCUGCCCGCAGCUCCAGCCGGCCCGGCUGUGGCGAGGACGCCCGGCACAGCUCCCACCUGCUGUUCACGCUGCACGUCUACCAGUACUGCAUGCUGAAGUGUGGCCGGGGUGGAAUGUCUGGGGGCCGUAGCCGCCUGCAUCUCAUUGACCUGGGCAGCUGUGAGGCAGUGGCAUCCAGCCGGGGCGGGGAGGCCCCUGGGGGUCCCCUGUGCCUGUCCUUGUCGGCCCUGGGCAGUGUCAUCCUGGCCCUGGUCAACGGAGCCAAGCACGUGCCCUACAGGGACCACAGGCUGACCAUGCUGUUGCGAGAGUCCUUGGCCACCACCAGCUGCCGCACCACCAUGAUUGCACACGUCUCAGAUGCACCGGCCCACCACGCUGAGACGCUCAGCACUGUGCAGCUGGCUGCUGGAAUCUACCGCCUGCGUCGGAAGAAGGCCAAGUACGCAUCCAGCUCCUCUGGGGGAGAGAGCUCGUGUGAGGAGGGCCGUGCUCGCCGUCUUCCGCCCCUGCGGCCCUGCUCCCAGCGCACUGCUGCCCUGGACCCCGAGCACCGGGCACCUGGUGACCCCGACUACUCUUCAAGCAGUGAGCAGUCCUGUGAUACCGUCAUCUAUGUGGGGCCCGGUGGGACAGCGCUGUCCGACCGAGAGCUCACUGACAACGAGGGUCCCCCUGACCUAGUGCCCAUCAUCCCAGCGCUGGGCCGCCGCCGGCCCUCGGAGGGGCCCCGGGACGCUGACUGGGACCACUUUCGCUGCAGCACCUUUGCCGAGCUGCAGGAGCGGCUUGACUUCAUUGACGGCAGCGAGGGGCCCUCUGUGGUCCCGGCCAGCCCUGCUCUCGUGGCCAGGAGGCCCCUUCCCCCUGAGGCAGCAUACCCCAGGAAGGCUGUGUGUACCCCACUUGUGGCCAGCAUGCCUCUUGGCAGCCCCAUCCCAGAUCCCCUUAGGGGCACCCCUGAGCCCUCCAAGACGGGCACCCGGGGGGACCAGAGAGAGGACAGUGGCCUCAGGCCUGAGCUACCCAGCCCGGCCCCUGCCCCACCGCCGCAGCCAGAGGAGCCCGGGGGAAGUGGUACAGACGUUGCCGUUCGGACAGCCCCCGCAGGCUGCCCCUGCCUGCCGGCUCGAGGCCGCUGCCUGGACCGGGGCCUGCUGACCGCCACGGUGACCCUGCAGCAGCCGGUGGAGCUCAAUGGGGAGGACGAGCUGGUGUUCACGGUGGUGGAGGAGCUGCCGCUGGGCGGCCUUGCUGGCCCGCGGCCCGCCAGCCUGGCCAGCUUCGGCAGCGACUGCUCCCUGCAGGCCCUGGCCUCCGGCUCUCGGCCCGUCAGCAUCAUCAGCAGCGUUAAUGAUGAGUUCGAGGCGUGGACCUCGCAGGCCACUGACGGCCCUGGGGCACUGCAGGGUUCCGGCAGCCCCGGCUCCUCCAUUAGCUCGCGGCUCAGCGAGGUCCACGUGUGCACAGCCAACAGCCGAGGCCCCACGCCACAGCUCCCUGCCCAGGCCAGCCCCGACCCUUUCAGCUGUGGUGCCCCUGCGGGGCCUGGUCCCUGGGGGCCUCCUGCCGUGGAGGGCUCCCUGGAGGACAGUGGCUUUGGGCUCUCAGAGCACAGCAGAUUGGACAGCCCAGCCCCGGCCCCUCCCCGGGAGGCCCCGGCCCCUGCAGCUCCCUCUCGGGCUGGCAGGGAGCUCUGGGCAGGGUCCCCCCGGGGGCCACUCCCAGCGCAGACUAUUCAUUCCAGUCUUCCCCGGAAGCACAGGACUGCCUCCCCGGCAGGCCGAGAGGGCAGCGUGCGCCUGGGCGCUAGUCCCCGGUGUCCCGAGGGCCUGUUGGAGGACCCGUGGCUGCCCCGAGCAGAUGAGGCUGGUAGGGCCUCCACCCCGACUUUGGGCGUCCCUUGGCCUCUUGAGGCCCAAGCGCUGCCGGCGUGUGCCCAGAGGGUGGUGGCUGGGUGUGAGCUGGCCAGUAGGGCAACCCGACGGCCCGAGGCAAGGAUCCCGCCUCUGCGGAGGGGUGCCACCACGCUGGGUGUGACGACACCCACGGCAUUCUGUGAGGACACGCCUGCUGAGGCCGCAGCCUCUUUGGGCAGCUUAAAGGCCACCUCUAGCAAGAAGAGCACCACCCCCAAGGGUGGCCCCCUCCCGAGGCCUGGUGGGGUGGUGCCCCCUGCCCCACCCGUGCGCAAAUCUAGCCUGGAGCCCAAGGGUAGCCCGGUCCUGGCCCCUACCCCAGCCGUGGGCCUCCCUCGGGAUGCCAUGGCUGUUGCCGUCCGAGGGGAAGAGGCGGCCAGGCCCAGUGGCCGGGGGGACCACCCCGUUCCCAGGGCCACGUCCAGCCUGAAGGUGCGGGCUGGGAAGGCUGAGGCUGCACACCGUCCCGCCGGGUCUGCGUCACUUGAGCGGCCCGAGGGCCUGGCACAUGGCAGUGGCAGGGCCAGGGAGCCUGCUGGACGGCCGGGCCGGGCCGUGCCCAGGCUGGGAGUACCCCCUGCCAGCCCUAUGCCGGGGCCCAUUCCCACCUGCAGGGGCAGCCCCACCAAGGGCAUCGGGAACCCCAAGCCCCCAGUUGUGGGCGGCAAGGGCCGCAGCCUGGCAGCCAGUGGGGCAAGGACUCUGAGCUCCUCGGUGAGAUCACUGGCGCCUGUGGUAGCCGGCAGGACCCCCGGCGGCCCCGUGGUGGGGCCCAGGGUGGCCUCGCGGUCAGCACCCAGUGCUGGGGCCAAGGCUGGCCGGGGAACUGUCAUGGGCACCAAGCAAGCGCUACGGGCCGCUCAUAGCCGCGUCCAUGAGCUGGCGGGGGGUGGUGGUGUGCCCGGGCACUGUGGCCCCACGUGGGGCGUGGCUGACUCAGACAGCGGCAACGACAGUGGCGUCCAUGUCAGGGAGGAGCGUCUGCCCGAGGGCGCGGCCCUGCCCUCCCCCUACAGCAAGGUGACAGCCCCGCGGCGGCCCCAGCGCUACAGCAGUGGGCACGGUAGUGACAACAGUAGCGUGCUGAGCGGCGAGCUGCCCCCUGCCAUGGGCCGCACGGCCCUGUUUUACCACAGCGGCGGUAGCAGUGGUUACGAGAGCAUGAUCCGAGACAGCGAGGCCACCGGCAGCGCCUCGUCCGCCCCCGACUCCACGAGCGAGAGCGGGGCCGCCUCCCCGGGCGCCCGCUCCCGGAGCCUCAGGCCCCCCAAGAAGAGGGCUGCAGGUCUGCAGCGGCGCCGGCUGAUCCCGGCCCCGCUGCCCGCCACUGCCGCCCUGGGCCGCAAGCCCAGCCUCCCCGGGCAGUGGGUGGACCUGCCGCCGCCUCCGGCUGGGGCGCUGAAGGAGCCCUUUGAGAUCAAGGUGUACGAGAUUGACGAUGUGCAGAGGCUGCAGCGGCACCGGGCGGCCCCCCGCGAGGACCCCGCCGAGGGCCAGGUGAGUGGGGGUGCCCGGCUACGGCUAGCAGAACGCAGGCUGCAGCGGCUGCGGGAAGUGCGGGCCCGUCGGGAUCGUCUGUGCGAGGAGCUGGUGGAGACCCAGGACCGCCUGAUGGUAGAGCCAGGCCGCUGGCUGGGGCAGUUCGAGGUGGACCCGGAGCUGGAGCCAGAGUCGGCCGAGUACUUGGCGGCCCUGGAGCGUGCCACGGCUGCCCUGGAGCAGUGCGUCAAUCUGUGCAAGGCCCAUGUCAUGAUGGUCACCUGCUUUGACGUCAGUGUCACCACCCCUGCCACCACCCCAGGGCCCCAGGAGGUGGACGUCUGA